AUGGCUAAGGAAAUUGCAGCAAUCAUCCGACAGAAGAAUGGAGACUUCAAUCACUAUAUAGAUAAUAACCCUCAAUGCUUCUGUCAUGUUCUUGCCUUGAUCUUAGGGGCCGGACUCAGGAGUCUCAAACUUCAAAACCAAAUUCAACCACCUAAAUCAAAACCAGAUUUCUUCCCCAAACUCGAAACAAUAGAACAAGUUGUUGAACCAGAUGGCGUGUAUGUGGAUUUAACUGAAGACGUGGACGUUCAGCCUCAGGAAAUCAAUGAUCUUGACGAUAGAGACGAGGUUGAUCCUGACGAUGCAUCAGAAGGCAAACUUUCUGAGGAUGAUCAAGAGAAAACACCAACUGAUCCUACUGAUAAAGCCUCCAAGAAUGGAUCUACAGCAGGCGGUAUUGGUCAUACUUUGGUCAAGGUUGAUUAUAUCAGUUGUCAAAUCUGCUCAUCAACAGCAAGACGGGCCAAAUUCAAACUAGUUUCUCAGAAUAUUGGCUACAAAGGGCCACAGUUGAUCCCUGGCUAUGGAAUCCGUUGGAAUGUUGUGUACGACAGCUGGACACAAGCUUAUGCUGCACAAAAGGUCAUUGUCCAACUCCUGAACGAUGAAUCAGAUAAAUAUGCCAGAAAGUCAGCCGCUGGUCAUUUCUUCAAAGGAUAUGAGGUCUCCAACAAAGAGUGGCAAGACUUGAACUCCCUCAACCAAGUCUUAGAGGAGUUCCUUGCAAAAACCCUACGUAUGGAAGGCAAUGGCACUUCCUCCGCAAUGGUGUUGUAUGAAUAA